AUGAUGCUGCUCUCCCACAGCCCCCUCAGAGCCUCCGCCACCUCCAGUAAUGAAUGCAAUGCCACUUGGUAUGGUCAGAGCAGUGUGGCAUCAGGCCUUAAGAGUGGCCAGCCACUACUCAGGCCCAUURCUGUGGGAUCAGAAUGCAAUGAGAAUUACCUUCUCCCUGAUCUCCUGCAGAAGAGCCCGGCCCAUGAGCCCAUGGCGCAGCACGGCCCACAUGACGUCAUCUACCCCCGGUCUCCGAGCAGACGAGGACCACAUUCUGGCAAACCUGUAAACUGUCCUCCAGGGAAAAGCAUCUCGUCCUCCUCCUUCACUCCCUUCAUAGACCCCAGGCUGCUGCAGAUCUCUCCCCCUCAGAGCCCAGUGGGCCACAGUCCCACCAGUGGCAGGCCACCUGCUAAUCAGGAGCCAAUCAGGGGAGACGGCCACAGGAAGGGCUCCGUGGUCAAUGUGAACCCCACCAACAUCAGACCCCAGAGUGAUACCCCCGAGAUCCGCAAGUACAAGAAGAAGUUCAACACCGAGAUCCUCUGUGCUGGCCUGUGGGGUGUGAACCUGCUGGUGGGGACAGAGAAUGGUCUGUGGCUGCUGGACAGGAGCGGUCAGGGGAAGGUCUACUCUCUGAUCAGCAGGAGACGCUUCCAACAGAUGGACGUUCUGGAGGGCCUCAACGUGCUCAUCACCAUCUCAGGUAAAAAGAACAAGCUGAGGUUGUACUACCUGUCUUGGCUGCGGAACAAGAUCCUUCGGAAUGACCCAGAGGUGGAGAAGAGGCAGGGCUGGACCUCUGUAGGGGACCUGGAAGGAUGUGUGCACUACAAAGUUGUUCGAUAUGAGAAGAUUAAGUUCCUGGUGAUUGCCUUGAAGAAUGCUGUGGAGGUGUACGCAUGGGCUCCCAAACCUUACCAUAAGUUCAUGGCUUUCAAGAUCCAAGGUGUGAUCCGGCCUCAUGCCAUCAUCAUCCUACCCAACAGCAGUGGCAUGGAGGUGCUGGUGUGUUAUGAGGAUGAGGGUGUUUACAUAGACACCUACGGACGCAUCACCAAGGAGACAGUGCUGCAGUGGGGAGAGAUGCCUGCAUCUGUCGCCUACCUGCAGUCCAACCAGGUGAUGGGCUGGGGAGACAAAGCCAUCGAGCUGAGGUCAGCUAACACAGGCAACCUGGAGGGAGUCUUCAUGCACAAGAAGGCCCAGAAACUAAAGUUUCUUUGUGAGAGGAAUGACAAGGUGUUCUUUGCCACGGUGCAGUCUGGGGGCUGCAGCCAGAUCUACUUCAUGACACUGGGCCAAAACUCCCUGUUCAACUGGUGA